AUGCUGCUGAGCGGAGCUCCUCCGGCCGGCUCCGGCCCCGGGCCGCGGGCGCAGGCCAGCGCGGGGGGCGGCCCGGGGGGGCCGCGCCGGAGCGCCGGGGGUGCGGGAGCUGGCCCAGGAGGGGGCGGCAGCGGCGGAGUGGCCAAGUGGCUCCGGGAGCACCUGGGCUUCCGCGGGGGCGGCGGUGGUGGCGCGGGAGGCAAGCCGGCGCCCCCCGAGCCCGAUUACCGCCCCCCGGCGCCCUCGCCGGCCGCGCCCCCCGCGCCGCCCCCGGACAUCCUGGCAGCUUACCGGCUGCAGCGGGAGCGCGACUUCGAAGACCCCUACUCCGGGGGGCCGUCCGGCUCCGCCGCCCUCGCCACUCCCGCCGUCCCCGGCCCCACGCCGCCCCCGCGCCACGGCUCGCCCCCGCACCGCCUCAUUCGGGUCGAGACUCCUGGGCCCCCAGCGCCCCCUCCCGAGGAGCGAAUCUCCGGACCCCCCGCCAGCAGCGACAGGCUGGCAAUCCUAGAAGACUAUGCGGACCCGUUUGACGUUCAGGAGACUGGCGAAGUCCCAGCAGGAGCUUCAGGAGCCCCAGAGAAGAUCCCUGAAAAUGAUGGCUACAUGGAACCCUAUGAAGCCCAAAAGAUGAUGGCUGAGAUCCGGGGCUGCAAGGAGACAGCAGCUCAGCCCCUGCCUCUGUAUGACACGCCCUAUGAGCCAGAGGAGGAGGGGGCAGCCCCAGAGGGCGAGGGGGCCCCCUGGUCCUGGGAGUCCCGCCUGCCUGAGGAUGAUGAGAGACCCCCCGAGGAGUAUGACCAGCCCUGGGAGUGGAAGAAGGAGCGGAUUUCCAAAGCCUUUGCAGAUGGUACCACGGGGCCAUCAGUCGCACAGACGCCGAGAACCUGCUCCGGCUGUGCAAAGAGGCCAGCUACCUGGUACGCAACAGUGAGACCAGCAAGAAUGACUUCUCCCUCUCCCUCAAGUGAGUGUGGCUGGCCUCAGGUUGGGGGACAGCAGGCAGGACGGGGGGACUCCAUUAUUCUCCCCGUGCCCAGCCAAGCUGGGUGAGCCCUAUCCCCAGUGAGCUCUGAAGGUUCAUGUGGACACCUGGCAGUCACCGGGGAUCCCAAGACACCUGAGACUCAGCCCUGCUCUCAAGGAACUCAGAGUCCUUUGGGGGAAACUGUUGAACUACAGCUUUGGAAGGGUUCUGUCACCUGCUACCUGUGUGGCCUUGGGGUCCCCUUAUUGUCUCUAGGCCUUGGUUUCGUUACUUAUCAAAUGGGGGCAUAAUAAUGUCUGCCUUAUAGGAAAGGAGUAAUGAAAUGAUGUAUGGGAAGCCCUUAGCAUGGUGCUAAGUGCUCAGUAAAUUAUACUCAUCUUCAUUAUUAAUGGAAGUCCAAGGUGUUCCAGAGCCACAGGUGAGGGGUAAGCAGCUUUGUCUGCGGGAGUCUGCAGGGUGAGAUGGGGGGUGGGUCUUGGAAGGAGGGCAGGGCAGUGGACACAGGCUUUUGCUAUCCACUGUGAACAAGUGGUCAGAGGGUCUGGGUGCUAGUGGCUGACAACGGAGCUUUAAAGGGUCCUCAAAGAGGUGGAGGAGGCAGGGGCCUUCCCAUCAGCCUUCUUCCUUGGGAGCAAAUACACACAGGCCAGCAGGGGACUCCCAGGCUCCCCUGGCAAGCCCCCCGCUUGGCACCCAGGAGUUCUACCUGGAGAGCCUGCACCCAUGUGAGGCAGCCAGUUGGUGAAUAUUCACCCAGCCCCAUUACUGGGGCACCUGCACCACUUCCUACCACAUUCCCUGGGGGCAUUAGAGCAUAGUAUACCCCACUUCACACAUUCCGUCUGUGGAAGCUGGGAACUACUAAACAGAUAUGUCUGGGUGAUGAUUACUCAACUUCACUAAAGGAUAAUGGGAAAAGUGCCAGGCUAUAAUCAAGAAGCUUGAGUUCUAGUCUUGGGUUUGAUAAAACUAGCGAUAUGACCCUAGGCAAAUUACUUAAUCUCUCUGGGCCUUAAAGAGCCCUGGUAGCUCAGUGUUUAAGCGAGAAAGGUCAGCAGUUCGAACCCACCAGUUGCACCAUGGGAGAAGAGACCUGGCACUCUGCUCCCGUGAAGAUUACAGCCUGUGACACCCUAUGAAGCAGUUCUACUGUCCUGUAGAGUUGCUAUGAAUCAGAAGCAACUCUACAGCACACAACAGCUCUGGGCCUUGGUUUCUCCAUCUGCAAAAUGGAAACUUCUGAAAUUUCUCCCCACUCCUAUGCUCUAGGAGUCUGUGACUCAUUAAAUCAAAGGAGCAUUUAAGAAAAAUUUAUCUGUCAAAAAUUUGAUUUACAUAACUUCAGGAACGUAUAUUGCUUAAAAAAUUAUAAUUAGGUUUCUUUCGUUUACUAUGUACAGACAGUACAUACACCGUCUCCAAACACACAAUCACCCUACAAGAUUGUUGUUGUUAGGUGCCAUUGAGUUGGUUCUGACUCGUAGCAACUCUGUAUACAACAGAACAAAACACUGCCCAGUCCUGCGCCAUCCUCACAAUCGUUACUAUAUUUGAGCCCAUUUGUUCCGGGCUAUUCAUAAGGUUUUCACUAGCCAGUUUUUUUAGAAGUAGAUUGCCAAGUCCUUCUUCCUAGUCCGUCUUAGUCUAGAAGCUUCACUGAAACCUGCCCACCAUGAGUGACCCUGCUGGUAUUUGAAAUACCACUGGCAUAGCUUCCAGCAUCACAGCAACACACAAACCACCACAGUGUAACAAACUGACAGAUGAGUGGUGGUAGUUUAGCAGUUAUGUAAUGAUGUAGUCAUCUUCCAUAAUGUGAUCUAAUGUGAUCAAUCAGCCACAUCAACCCUACAAGGCAGAUCCGUUUUUUAUAGACCAAAAAUAGAUUCAAAAAGGGACAUGUCUUGAUGGAGGCCACCAGCUAGUAAAGUGCCAGAAUCAGCAUUUGAACUCAGUUCAGUCUGACUCCAAGAACCACGCUGUGCUGUUCCAUGGCACAGCUCCACCCUUCACUAGUGUAGUAUAGUCUGGUACCACCCAAGGUAAGGGAAGAUGUCAGGGGUCUGGCUCCCCAGGGCGGAGCCUGGCAGGUGGCCCUGCUUUAGCGUAAGGGUAAAAAGGGGAGGCAGGCCUGGGAGAGGCUAGGCAGGCCUAGACACAGCCUCCAGCCCAGGCUGAUCUCUCUGCCAGAGUCUCGUUUGCAUAUAAAUGGCUU